AUGCACUUCCUCGCUCUCGUUGUCGCUGCCGCGCCUUUGGCCAUGGCCCAGUCCGCCAUCUGGGGACAGUGUGGUGGCCAAAACUGGAACGGUGCCAAGACUUGCCAGUCUGGCUUGAAGUGUGAGAAGAUCAACGACUUCUACUACCAGUGUGUUCCCGGCAGCGGUGGUAGCGACCCUACCCCCACCGAGCCCGAGCAGCCUCCUACCAACGGUGGUGGUAACGCUGCUACUGGUCUUGAUGCCAAGAUUCGCGCAAAGGGCAAGAUCUACUUCGGUACCGAGAUCGACCACUACCACCUCAACAACAACCCUCUUACCACCAUCGUCAAGAGGGAGUUUGGUCAGAUCACUCACGAGAACUCCAUGAAGUGGGAUGCCAUUGAGCCUUCUCGUGGCCAGUUCACCUUUGGCAACGCCGACAAGGUCGUCGACUUCGCCAUCGCCAACGGAAAGAAGAUCCGUGGCCACACCCUCGUCUGGUACUCCCAGCUCCCUCAAUGGGUCAAGAACAUCAAGGACCGCGCCACCAUGACCUCUGUCAUUGAGAACCACAUCAAGACCAUGGUCACCCGCUACAAGGGCAAGAUCCUCCACUGGGACGUCGUCAACGAGAUCUUUGCCGAGGACGGAAACAUGCGCAACAGCGAGAUCUACCAGGUUCUUGGCGAGGACUUUGUCCGCAUUGCCUUCCGCGCAGCCCGCGCCGCUGACCCCAACGCCAAGCUCUACAUCAACGACUACAACCUUGACAUUGCCAACUACGCCAAGGUCACCCGCGGUAUGAUCCAGCACGUUAACAAGUGGGUUGCUGAGGGUGUCCCCAUCGAUGGCAUCGGUUCUCAGGCCCAUCUUGCUAAGCCUGGUGGCUGGAACCCUGCUUCUGGUUUCCCUGCUGCUCUCAAGGCUCUUGCUACCGCCAACGUCAAGGAGGUUGCCAUUACUGAGCUUGACAUUGAGAACGGUGGUGCUCAGGACUUUGCUACUGUCACCAAGGCCUGUCUCGACGUUCCUAAGUGUGUUGGUAUCACUGUCUGGGGUGUUUCUGACAAGGACUCUUGGAGAGACACCAACCCUCUUCUCUUCGACCGCAACUACCAGCCCAAGCCUGCUUACACUGCUGUCAGCAACGCCCUCAACUAA